GGGGCUGGGUGAGUUGUUGUCUAUCUCUUCUUCUCUUUGUGUUUUGGCUGUGGACGUAAAAUAAUGGCUCUGUCUUUUGGUUUUGGGCUCUUGUCUUCUUCUUCUUCUUCUUCUUCUUUAUGUGUUCUCCCUCCAUCAGAAACCCACACUUUCAUGAUGAGGCCUUCUGCUUCUUCUGGUUUGCGCAUGAUGCGUACCAGUCGCAUUACCUGUUGCACCCUUUCUCAGUCUUCUAAGCCAGCCCGCAAAAUCCGUGGUAUCAUGAAACCCCGCAAAGUCUCCCCCGAGAUGGAAGACCUCGUCGGCGCUCCCGAGAUGGCUCGAACCCAAGUCCUCAAACGGAUUUGGGCUUACAUUAAGGACAACAAUCUUCAGGACCCUACAGACAAGAGGACUAUAAAUUGUGAUGAGAAGCUGAAGAAGGUGUUUGCAGGGAAAGAUCAAGUUGAGAUGCUAGAGAUUGCUCGCUUGAUUAGCCCUCACUUCCUUAAAAGUGAAAGUGAAAGUUAGGUUUUUGUAUGAAGGUCAUGCUUAGGUGUAUUGGACAAUUACAUUUGGCCUGGGACAUAGUGGCGUUUAGUUUUUGUGGUACUUUGAAUACAGAACGAGCAUUGUUGAAGUGUUCGUUUUGAUUGAUGUAGUCUUUUCAACAAUUUAGUAUUUCCCUGUUAGGUUUCCAUUUGACAUCUUAAAUGUUAUGGUUUUAUUUGAUCGUAAUUAUUCUGCUGUUUCUUUGUGAAUGGACCCUUUUAGAACCGAGGAAUGUAGUAACCAGCAGCCUCCAUUGGAGAUGAUAAUA